CAUGUGUAUGCAAACUCCCACGCAAAACGGAUUUGGAAACCUAAACAACAUUAAUAAUAACGCAGAUGCAAAAAUAGUCAUUCGGUUGGCGAGAUAUGCAGGCAUCUUGCUUACAGUUACAUGUCCUUCGAGUAUCUGCAAUUCAGUUAACUUACACUCGGGUAAUAACUGUUUAGCUUUCAUCUAGUCAACGGGUUGAGUCCUUCGAUCUGUGUGCAGCAGCCCCUAUGAGCGGUGCGAAGAAGUCAGUAGACGAGAUUUGGAAGGAGCUAAAUGCUGCUAAACCAAAGCCACGGCAAGGUGUUGCUGGGCUCGCCGUGGGCCUAGGUGGCGUGCCCGGCAUCACAUCCCUCAUCCGCACCAAGCCGGCACAGUCUGCAGCGACCGCGUCUCCUGCUCCCGGUACCGAAAAGAGCAAGCCGCAGCCAGACCUUCAGAGCAGCCCAUAUGUGGCCAGCACCGUGGGCGACGACGCGGCGGCAUACCUGGCCACCAUCCAGCGCACCAUCAACUGCUUGGCGGACCCUGAUCGCGCUCUGCGCCGCAGCGCAGCCACCACGUUGCAAACCAAACUGUUCACGGGCGACGCAUCAACGCCGCGAGCAAACCCAGCCCAACUUCAGGCCCUGCUGUGCGGCCCACUGCUCCGCCCACUGGUUACAAUGCUGUCUGACUCAGUCGAGCGCUGCCGUACCAUCGGCCUAGCCAUCUUGCUAGAUGGUAUACGACACCUCACCGACGUGAGCCCCAUGCUUCCAGAACUCCUUCCCGAGCUGGCGCGGCGCUUCGGAGCCCUGCCGGUGCAGGAACCAGCAGAGGAAGUGCGGCUGCAGAUCGCGCUGCUCACCGCAACAUUACUCUCAGCCGCUCCUCCGACCCAGAUGGAUCGCUUCGCUCCAGACCUCGCCUCCAUACUCUGCCGUGGCCUGGAAGACGGCUUCCCAGACAUCAAGAAAACCGCAUGCGGUGCCAUCGAGACCGCUGCUGCUCGGCUGGCUCGCACCGCACUCGAGCCGGAGGCCGAGCGGCUCCUAACCUCCCUGGCACCCAACCUGCAGCACCAACACAGCAGGGUUCGGCUAGCAGCCAUCCAAGCUCUUGACGCGCUCGUGGGCUCCGGCGUGGCGCCCAUGGCGCUGGUGGAAGGCACCGUUGUGAAUGCGUUGCGACCCGUGGGUCACGACCGGGCGCAGCCGGUCCGUGAAGCGGCCUUUGCAGCGCUCGCGCGUUGGAUGGGGUACCGCCAAGCGGCUGAGAAGGCUGCUGCAGGGGUUGCUGCUACUGAUGGCCAGUCUGCGGCUGCUGAUGGCGGCGCCAUUGCAGUGGCGAAGGGUUUGGAUUCCAAUCCAUCCGUUGUAGCUCGUGCUUACGCGCCUGCGCUGCUGCCACUGCUGCUGAUCGGUGUGACGGACCCGCAGCCGGCUACUGCGGAGCUGGCGCUGAGGCUCAUGGAGGGAGUGGGCGAGGCGUGGGUCGGCAGCGGCGGCGGCAUUGGUGGGAGUGGGGGUGCUGACGGCAGUGCUGAGCAGCACGAAGCGCCGUCUGAGGCGGUAUCUGAAGCACCGGAGGCGCCAGCCGAUGUGGGUCGGCCGCAGCCUCAGCGGGAUGCUCCAGAGCAGGCGACUGAUCCCGCCACCGCCUCCACUGCAAUUGCAGCCGCAAGUGAGAGCUGCGGUGACGCCGUUGCAGCAUUAACAGCAACUGCCAACGGGAUCCCCCCACAAGACUGCGCUGCGUCGGCGGCGGCGACUGAGGACGCCAUGGCAGCUCGAGUGGCGGCUUGCGGUUUGGGUCCGCCGUACUGCGGCCGUCCUGGGCACGGCUGCCGUACAAUGGUACGGGAUUUGCUGCGUCAGCACUUGCCGCCGCUUGUACGGCAGCUGGGUGAAUGGACUUCGAGUUUGCGAGUGGCGGCGGCGCGGGGGCUGCACACGACGCUGGUGAUGGCGGAGGAGGGCGCGUCAGUGCACCUGAGGCUGCUGCUGCCGGCGCUGUGCAGCGCCAUUGCGGAUGAGGAGCUGGAGGUAGCCACCUAUGUCAUGUCCUGCGUGCAUGUGCUGGGGGCACACGUGGACCCCCGGGAUUGGAUGCCGCGACUGUUGGACUCCCUCGCAUCUCCUCCUUCAGCGGUGCCGCCUCCUGCCGUGUCAGGCACCUCAACUGCCGCUGGAAACGGGAACAGCAGCAACAACAGCAGUGGCAGCGGUGGAGAUCGCGGUACGGCAGGAGCACCUAGCGGUGGCAUGAGCACGUCCCAACGGACACAUACCCUGGUGGUGUUGUCCGGUUUGCUGCAUGCGGCGGGGCGCGCGCAGCGGGAGCUGCCGCCGGCGCUGCUGCAGCGCCUGGCGGCGGCGCUAGCGGAGGAGUCCAUGCUGACGGCGGCGGCGGAGCACUCUGCCGUACGAUCUCAGUUGCUGGCGGCGACGAUGAACGCGCUGGCGUGGGCCAAUGGCGGCGGCGGCAGCACGGCAUGCGCCGCUGUGGCGCUGCCGCUGCAUGUCGUACUGCUACAUUUGUACGGCAGUGAGCUGGCGGCGGCGGCUUCGCAAGCUGCAGCGCCGUCACCGGGUACGGCAGCGGCGGCGUCCCAGGCUUCUGCUGGCGCCGCCGUGAGUCCCGUCGGUACGGCGGCUCUAGAAGCCAUGGCUACCCUGGCUAGUUGCUGCUGCUGCGACGCCGCCGACGCCGACGCCACUAAAGCCGCUGACGGCAACCUCACCCCCGCCGAGGGCGCGGCGGCGCUAGCCGCCCGCCAUGCCGACUGGCUCAUGGCAGCCCUCUUCGGCUGCCCUCCGGAACCACCCCCUUCAUCAGAAACCCCGCCGACGCCGCCUGCCGUACAGUCCUUAUCCUGGCGUCCGCGUCCCGGCGACGCCUCCUGGCAGUGCGUCCUUCGCGGCACGCUGCUGACGGCAGCACCCGAUACACUGCGGCGGCUGGCUCCGGCGCUGGUUUCGGCGCUGGGUCCGGUGGUUUCGGAGCGGGAGCGCGAGGCGGGGCUGCGGCUGGCGCUGCUGCAGCUGCUGGAUGGGGUGCUGGAGGAGCCGGAGCGGGGGCCGGCGCUAGUGGAGGGGUCGGGACAGGCGCUGCUGACGCAGGUCCUCAUGCCGCCGCUGGUGUGGCAGGCCGGCAAGACCGCGGCAGCCGUACGGUACGCCGCCAUGACCGCACUCGCCACGUUGCUGGGUCGGCGCCUGCCGCCACCCGAACACCUCUUGGCUGCUCUGGAGGGACCCGGACCUGGGGUGGGAGGAGCAGGAGCGGGGACGGGGGCCGCAGCAGCCCCAGCAGCAGCAGGUGCAGCAGGUGGCGGUCAGCAGGGCGGAGGUGGAGUGGUGGGGGGAGCGGGAGGUGAAGGCGGGGGUGGGCUGCUGCCGCUGCUGAGCAGUGCGCUGGAUGAGGAGUGGUACAUGGACAUGCGGCUGGUGGGGUGCUACGUGGUGGAGAAGAUGCUGGAGCUGGUGGGCUCCCGGCUCUCCGACGCCUCCCGCCGCGCCCUCUACCCCGAGCUGCACAAGCGGCUGGACGACGCACACAACUCGGUGCGGGUGGCUGCAUGCGGCGCGCUGCGGGCCUUCGUGGCAGGUGCGGGCGGGGGCUACUGCGACACCAACAGCGGCUACCUGGUGGCAGGGGUGGUGAUACACAUGGAUGACGGAGACCCCGCGGUGCAGGAGGCGGCGUGCAGUGUGCUGCUGGCGGCUGCCGCUGCCAAGCCCGCCGUCACAGCUGCGGAGGUGCGCAAGGUGCGGGAGCGCUUCCGAGCCAAGCACUACUGCGACAGGGUGCUGGCAGCGUGUGCGGAGGCGCAGGCGGCGGAGGGGCAGGAGGCGGCGUAAAAGGGACAUGUGCCGCUUGUGUUACGAAAACGUGCCGCGGGUGGGAACGUGCCGCGUGUGUAUGGGGGUAAUUUGGAAACAGAAUCCGAAUUAGGCUGGAUAUUUGGGUUACCCGUGUGUAUGGGGGUGGGGGAAAAGCGGGGAGGGCUGCAAAUGGCGGAUGCUGAAAGUGGUUUGUAUGCU